AUGGGGUCGACUUCGUUUUGCUCGCCGUCGGUCCAACAGGCUCAGAAUGCUCCUUAUUUCACCCCCGCCAACGAUGCGGGAGCCGCUGUGAACCCGCAAGACCCCCAAACCCCAACACUCUUCCGUCCUUUGCAGAUUCGCGAUGUCACACUCAAAAACCGGAUCAUGGUAGCGCCAAUGUGCAUGUAUUCUGCUGAGUCUGACCCUCAAUCGCCUGCUGUCGGCGCACUCACAGACUAUCAUAUCGCACAUCUUGGCCAUUUGGCUACCAAGGGUGUCGGGUUGAUCUUCAUCGAAGCCACUUCCGUCCAGCCUAAUGGUCGGAUUACACCCAACGAUGCCGGCCUAUGGCAAGAGGGGACAGACUCCGAGCAGUUUAAGGGCCUGCGUCGCGUGGUAGAGUUUGCUCACAGCCAAGGUGCCAAAAUUGGCAUCCAGCUUGCGCACGCUGGCCGGAAGGCCAGUACCGUUGCGCCCUGGCUCGCAUCGCAAGCGAAGCAACGCAGCGUCAAAGCCGAUGAGAAUGUUGGUGGCUGGCCAUCCGACGUGGUUGCCCCUUCCGGUGGUGAAGAGCAUAUCUGGGCGCCCGGGGACCAAUACUGGGCCCCUCGCGAACUUGCAACUGCCGAGGUCGAAGAACUUGUACGGGCCUUCGCACGGAGUGCGCAACUUGCAGCCGAGGCAGGAGUGGAUGUUAUUGAGAUUCAUGGUGCCCAUGGAUACCUGCUACAUCAAUUCCUAAGCCCCGUCACCAAUCGACGGACGGAUCAAUACGGCGGUAGCUUUGAAAACCGCACGCGACUUGUACGGGAGAUAGCUACUGCAAUCCGUGCGGUCGUCCCAGUGGGAAUGCCCUUGUUUCUUCGUAUCAGUGCCACAGAAUGGCUUGAGAACCAACCUGUCGCCGAACAAACUGGAAGCUGGGACAUGCCAUCUUCAAUCCAGUUGGCGAAGAUGCUGCCGGCUCUCGGUAUCGACUUCCUAGAUGUCAGCUCGGGUGGUAAUCAUAGAAACCAGCGGAUUGAACCCCAUACCAACUAUCAAAUCGAACUCGCCGGCCAAAUUCGCCAGGAAAUCCACGCCGCGAAUCAACGAACACUGGUUGGGGCUGUUGGCUUGAUUACGGAGGCCGAGUCCGCUCGCAAUAUCGUGGAAGGCGCAGACUUGGAAGCCCAGGCGACCGAGGAAAUUCUUUCUGGCCAAGAGCCUAAAGCUGAUGCUGUGCUGAUGGCCCGUCAAUUUUUGCGUGAACCCGAAUGGGUGCUUAUUGCAGCCAAGAAGUUGGGUGUGAAGGUGUCUCUUCCGUGGCAGUUUACGCGAGGUCUGAUGUGA